AUGGGACAGACGACAGCUGCCGGGCAGUGGUGGGCGAGCUUGGACGAGAACGUGGCGCUUACCUGCAAGCGGAUGGCGCGAGAGGCCGAGAGCGACGUGAUCUGGGCCGCGCUCUACCUGCGCCACUUCGGCACCGACUUCUGGGGCGAAGACGCCGGCCCGCACCCCUACGAUAGAGUGCCGGAGCCGGAGCCCAACGAGUGGCUGCAGCAGCCGGCCGUGGGCCUGUUCGAGGCCUUCCACCACCAGCUGGGAGGCGGCGGCGGCAUGCGGGGUCGGCUCCUGGCCUUUGUGCAGCAGCAGGGUCAGGGCGGCUGGAAGAGCGCCUACAAGCGAAUGCAUGUGAUGGUGACCGAGUGGCGAGGGCUCUGCGUUGCGGCGUACCUUGUGGCCGGCCACACCUCGUUCGCGCGUCUGUCGGCCAUCGCCGACAUCCUCAAAGCCAAUCUCUUCGGGGUCAAGUCCGGGAUCAGUCCGCGCAUCGACGUCAUCAGCCCCACAGGUGAGUGCCGACUGAUCAAGGUCGAUGUUCCCGUUACGUCGAUCAGGCGCCAGGGCGCCGUCAACUUUUGCGUCCUACGCCGCCCCAGGAAUUGGUGGGGCCAGCAAGACGACAUGUUUCGGGGGCUCACGCUCACGAAGGAGCACUACAUCCACUACCACCUGCUGCUGGUGUACGUCAUCGACUGCGAGAUGAUGGACGACCCGGACUACCAGGAACAGGUGUUCAGGGAGUUCCACGGGCUGUUGGGCGAGGGCAAGGGCCAGUACGAGCAGGGCCUGUGCGUCAACCUGCACCUGGUCAACCCGACCUCCGUCACCAACAUCACCAGCAUUCGCGAGCGUCUCAAGCUUCCGCUGUUCAUUAGCCCUGACCACCACUGCCCGUACUAUGCCGGCCCGGUGAUCAUCGUUGUGACGGCCUUCACCAUGGCCGACGACGAGACCGACGAGGAGAGGGACACGAGGGAGGAGCACGUGGUGGCUGCCUUCAAUUGGCUCCAGAGGCAGCCGUCGGCCAGGCCGUACUGGCACCUCCCGAGCCAUCUGCCCAGCGCGUGGACGUGCGCACUCUCCGACGAGCGCUACGUCAGGGCCAACCCCACCCGGGGCUUCUACUGA